UAACAGGGAGUCGCGCUAAAUCCGAACGGCAUGGUGCGCGUAUAUCCCUGUGUUCCAUUUAGUCGACAUAUCUAGUUCUGAAGAGCCACGAGUGUUUUUCUUUAUUGAUAACUGUUUUCGCUUCUAAUUCGUCAAUGGGAACUAACGCGUAGAUGAGGAUUGUAUUUUGGAGCUUCGUUUCGCGCAGUCGCUUCUUCCGGAUUUCGCUCUCUCGAUAUCGAGAAUCCCGAUCAUCGAAUUUAAAUAUUUAAACAGGCAACUCUCGCUUUGAGUCGCCGUUUUUCUUCAAUGCUCUGAAAAUUUUUCAUAAAUUCACUUUGGAGAUUGCAGAAGAAGGAUUUUUGGUGUUUUAUCGACGCGAACCAAAGUGAAUCGCGAACACUCGGACGUCUCUCGCGGAAGUAAAAUUGAAUCGCUUUGUCGAAGAAAUCCAAAAAACUCUUUUCAUUCUCCUUCCACGCGAGAAUUGUACGUUUGUCCGGCGCGUCUGUCGACAGCUGUUGAGUUCAUUGUGACUACCGGUGAAUGGAGUUGAGGUUAGAUUGACUCUUGGCGUUUGGUUCGUAAGCUUGUGAAUAUAAUGGAGAAUCAAAACGCACCACCUAUCAAAAGUAAUAAUCCUGCUCCUACGGUGGAACAAAUCAACGCAGACAGGAUCACUCAGCUCGCGAAUAAAUACUGGGCGCCGCACACCACAGACACGCAUCUAGCGUUCAAUCCUCAGGUAGUGGAUGACAUCUAUAUACAGGAAAUAUGUGCCUCCAGGUUCUCUGUCCGGAGGAUUAUGAUGUUGGAGUUCAGCCAGUACUUGGAGAACUUUCUUUGGCCGAAUUACAAUGCAGAGAAUGCCACGCGGGCACACACCAUGUCCAUCGUUGUCAUGGUGAACGAGAAGUUCCGGGAACGAGUACAAGUCUGGGAGGCGUUUGAAAAGAAUCCAACACAAUUUGCUGGAUUCUUUCAGAAGGUUCUCGAAGCAUGCCUAGAGGAGAGUAUAAUGGACUUUAAUUUGAAGGAACAAACGGCACUGAUAGUAUUUUUGAAUCAUUGUUUCAAUUCCAUGGAGGUAUCUCUGGUUCGAGAGGAAGCCAAGAGAUUGGUAUCUCUUUCCAUGUGGAUCUCCUUACAACAAGGGAGGAGAGAACUCGAAUUUAGAAAGUAUCCAAAAUGGAGGAAGUAUUGGAAAAUUAUAAGAAAGAAAGAUAAUCCUGAGCAUAAGGAGAAAUAUGAGUGGGAACGCAAGUUCUUGCAUAAACUUAUGAUAAAAUUCAUGACAAUAUUGGAAACGAUUCCUGCAGAAGGACCUGUACUUCCGGACAAAGUACGUUAUUGUGAGAGAUUUCUGGAGCUGGUAAUCGAUCUCGAGGCCUUACUUCCUACUAGACGUUUCUUCAAUACUGUCAUGGAUGACAAUCACUUAGUGGUGCGCUGCCAGUUAUCUAAUUUAUUGCAUCGUCCAGAAGGAAGUUUAUUUGGUCAGCUCCUGGAAAUGCUCAAGUUCUAUGCCCGAUUCGAGAUCAGCGAGGAGACCGGCAAUCCUCUGACGGAUCAUGACAUGACGGAAUUGCAUUACGCUAAAAUUACGUCCCUUCAGAAUGCGGUCUUCGCAAAAUUCCCAGACCUGAGAAGCUUCGCAUUGGCCAACGUAGCCAGCGUCGACGUCAGAGAUGCUCUUUACAAGCAUUUCGGCUCGCUUAGUCAAGAAAAAUUGAGGUCUAUUGCAAGUUAUUUGAAUUUAGUACCGCCUGUAGAGCGAGAAAAAGACGAGAAUUGGUACCGCCUGGACAUAGAUUUUCUACGCGAAUUGCUAAUAUCGCGACACGAACGUAGGCCGUCGCAACUUGAAGAGUUGAAUGAGAUGCCUCUUUAUCCGACCGAAGACAUCAUCUGGAACGAGAGCAUCGUCCCGACUGAAUACUUUUCCGGCGAAGGUUGUCUGGCUCUGCCAAAACUGAACCUGCAGUUCCUCACGUUACAUGAUUAUCUGUUACGAAACUUCAAUCUAUUCCGCCUAGAAUCUACAUAUGAGAUACGACAAGAUAUCGAGGAUGCCGUGAGCAGAUUGAGUCCUUGGCGGGCAGAAGACGGUGGUGUCUACUUUGGCGGAUGGGCCAGAAUGGCUCAACCUAUCACGCAAUUCGCGGUGGUUGAGGUAGCCAAACCUAACGUCGGCGAAAACAGACCGUCGAGAGUCCGUGCCGAUGUAACGAUAAAUCUCAGCGUUCGUAAGGAGAUUAAGUCCGAAUGGGAGAAUCUUCGCAAGCACGAUGUGUGCUUUCUCAUCACAGUCAAGCCGCCGAAUCCUAUCGGCACGAAAUACAGUCAUAAGCUCCCCUUCGUACCACAAGUGGGUUUAACGACAGUGCGAGGGUGCGAGGUCGAGGGUAUGCUCGACUCGAACGGCAGAGUGAUAGAAGAUGGCCCUGAGCCGAGGCCGAUUCUGCCGGGCGAUUCGCGUACCUAUAGAGUAUGGCUGGAUUGCAAUCAAUACCGGAUCGACAUGGACAACGCCAGUCACGGCGGCGAGGAUGUAUACGAGGGAUUUAAUAUCAUAAUGAGACGUAAACCUAAGGAGAAUAACUUCAAAGCCGUGUUAGAGACUAUAAGGGAGCUCAUGAAUACUGAAUGCGUCGUGCCCGAUUGGUUGCACGAUAUAAUCCUCGGAUAUGGUGAUCCAGGUGCAGCAUGCUAUUCUAGAAUGCCAGAUGAAAUCGCGACGAUAGACUUCAACGAUACAUUCCUCGAUAUCGAUCAUCUACGAGCCAGUUUUCCUCAAUACGAGAUCAAAACGAACUCAGAGGACGAAGGAAAUCUGGUGCGACCGUUUCAGCUAACUUUCGAGGAUGUCCUUGCGAAGCAUAACAACGAAGAACCAAUCAAAAAGGUCAUUACAGUUAAACCACAUGUGCCACCCAGUAGAGGUCCAUACAGAGCGAACGAACCGAAAAAAAAUCAGAUACCCUUCACGCCGACGCAAGUUGAAGCUAUACGUGCUGGAAUGCAACCAGGCUUGACGUUGGUCGUUGGCCCGCCCGGUACGGGUAAAACGGAUGUCGCCGUGCAGAUCAUCUCAAAUCUAUAUCACAAUUUUCCCAAUCAGAGAACGCUGAUUGUAACGCACUCCAAUCAAGCGCUCAAUCAAUUGUUCGAGAAGAUAAUGGCUCUCGAUAUUGACGAGCGACAUUUGUUGCGUCUCGGUCAUGGAGAGGAGGCUUUGGAGACAGAAAAAGACUUUAGUCGCUACGGCAGAGUCAAUUACGUUCUUGCCAAACGUUUAGAUUUACUCCUGGAAGUUCAAAGGUUACAGGAAUCUUUGAACGUGAAGGGUGAUGUCGCGUAUACGUGUGAAACAGCAGGAUACUUUUUUAUGUAUCAAGUGUCCACAAGAUGGGAUCGUUUCCAGGCUAAAAUCAAGCAGAGGCAACACACAAGCGAGAAGUCCGAUUUAUCUUCUAUAAUCGACGAGGAAUUUCCCUUUCACAAGUUUUUCGACAAUGCUCCGCAGCCGCUUUUUAAACGGAAUUCAUAUGAGGAAGAUCUCAAGAUUGCGUGCAGCUGCUUCAGAUACAUUGAAAGGAUAUUCGCGCAAUUGGAGGAGUUUCGUGCUUUCGAAUUACUACGGUCGGGUCUUGAUAGAUCAAAAUAUUUGCUUGUGAAGGAGGCCAAAGUGAUCGCUAUGACUUGUACGCACGCGGCGCUUAAACGUCGCGAGCUUGUCGACAUGGGUUUCAAAUAUGACAAUAUCCUUAUGGAGGAGUCCGCGCAAAUCUUAGAGAUAGAAACUUUCAUACCGUUGCUCCUACAAAAUCCUCAGGAUGGAUAUAAUCGCUUAAAACGUUGGAUAAUGAUAGGAGAUCAUCAUCAAUUACCGCCUGUUAUCAAAAAUAUGGCCUUCCAGAAGUACUCAAACAUGGAGCAAUCGCUGUUCGCGAGAUUCGUGAGAUUGGGUGUACCCACGGUUGAUCUCGACGGCCAAGGUCGUGCUAGACCCAGUAUUUGCAAUCUCUACAAUUGGCGAUACAAGAAACUGGGAAAUCUGACGCACGUGGAGCGCAGCCCGGAGUAUCUGGUAGCGAACGCUGGCUUCCUGUACGACUUCCAACUGGUGAACGUCGAGGAUUUCAAUGGCGUUGGCGAAAGCGAACCCAGCGCUUACUUUUACCAGAAUCUUGCUGAAGCCGAGUACUGCGUUGCAGUGUUUAUGUAUAUGCGUUUGCUAGGAUACCCGGCGGAUAAGAUCAGUAUUCUGACCACGUAUAACGGUCAAAAGCAUCUAAUAAGAGACGUGAUAAAUAUUCGGUGCGCGAACAAUCCUCUAAUUGGCCGGCCGAACAAGGUAACGACCGUCGACAAAUACCAGGGUCAGCAAAACGAUUAUAUCUUGUUGUCUCUGGUGAAAACACGCGCAGUUGGUCAUCUGAGAGACGCGAGACGUCUGGUGGUGGCAAUGUCGCGUGCUCGUCUCGGUCUCUACGUCUUCGCCCGCGUGUCCCUUUUCAAGAACUGCUUCGAGCUUACGCCGGCUUUCGAUCAAUUGAUGCAGAGACCAUUGAAGUUGCAGUUAUUACCGCAGGAACUCUAUCCUACCGAGCGACUGAACGACGCUGCACCCUCAACAGUGCCGAUGGAGAUCGAAGAUAUGCCGCAUAUGGCUAAGUUCGUUUAUGAUUAUUACAUGGAGAAAGUCAGUGGAAUGAAGGGAUCGCAAAAGAUGUGGCAGAAACCGGGAUCCAUGCAGACAUCAAGUAGUCCGACACAUAAAGUUCCCACUCAUCCGGGUGCCGACGAUGAUACCGACGACGAGGAGGAACUCAACCAAGAUGACGCUGAAAUGAGCGAAUCUAAGGAAGAAGAAACGGCAGAGAACAAAUAUGAACCCAUAAAGAAUUUGGUCGAAGAUCCUCCGAGUGAGGCCGAAGACGACCGCUGAAUAUGAUCACGCAAUGAUGUAUCUAUACUGCGCCCAAAAGUUAAUACUAUUAGGAAGCCUAUCGAUGCAUCGGAAACAAAUAGAACAAAUGAAAAUAGCUUGGAAAUAAAACAGCUAUUCGCUUUAAUUCCAAGACAUCAAUGUACAUAUCGUAAAUGAUGUUUGUUUAACAAUUGAUCCAUCGAUACCAUUUUAUAUUUAAUAAUAAGUAUUUUAUUACGGACCAUUAUAUAAUAAUGUAAUAUAUAGAAUUUCCUUAUAUAUCAUCUUAAGAUAAACUAUACUUUUUACAAAUG